UGCUGCCUGCUGCACUUCUCUUUUUUUUUCCCUCAGCUGAAAGAGAAGACUUGGAGAGGCCGGCUCAAACUGAACAAGACUUCUGUAUAGCAGGCUGAAUGCUCUCCACCUCCUAACAGGACGGGAGAAAACACCGAGUUAUACAGUCGAUCCACCAAACAGACCAGAGAGAGAGAGAAACAUGUGAAGAUCUGUAGUUGUCUCGGUGUUGGAGCAGUCAGCAGUAAAGAUGGCGAGGACUCGCAUGUUGCUCGUCUUGGUUUUGCUGGGACUUUUCUUCCUCGGUGUGUCGGUGAAAGGAGAGCCGCAGGGAGAGCAACGGGAGGAGGAGGAGGAGGACGAGAGGUCCUGUCAGGGAGCCUUCGACCUCUACUUUGUCCUGGACAAAUCUGGAAGUGUGAAGAAUCAAUGGAUAGAGAUUUACUCCUUUGUUGAGCAGCUGGCAGAGAAGUUUAUCAGCCCCAUGCUGAGAAUGUCCUUCAUUGUCUUCUCCACACGAGGAACCAUCAUCAUGAAACUGACGGAGAACAGGGAGGCCAUCAAUGGAGGCUUAACGGCUCUGAAAAGGGUUAUCCCAGGAGGAGACACAUUUAUGAACUUAGGCCUGGAGAUGGCUAAUGCGCAGAUAUAUCAGGAGAGACAGGGAACAGCCAGCGUUAUCAUCGCUCUGACGGAUGGAGAGCUGAACGAGUGGCAGUUUGACACAGCUCAGCGAGAGGCGCAGAGGGCCAGGUCUAUGGGAGCCAUUGUUUAUUGUGUAGGGGUCAAAGAAUUCAACCAGACCCAGCUUGCAACUAUCGCAGACACUGUGGAACACGUGUUUCCUGUAUGGGGAGGCUUCCAGGCCCUCAGGGGAAUCAUUGACUCGAUCAUCAAGAAGUCCUGCAUUGAGAUUCUGGCAGCGGAGCCGUCCAGCGUGUGUGCAGGAGAGAGUUUCCAGGUGGUGGUGAGAGGCAACGGGUUUCUGCACGCCAGAAACAUCGACCAGGUCCUCUGCAGUUUCAAACUGAAUGAUACUCUCACUGUGGAUGAGAGACCAGCUGGAAUAGAAGACACCUUCCUGCUCUGUCCUGCUCCUGUCGUAGAGGAGGUUGGGAGGGUGAUCUACCUACAGGUGAGCAUGAACGAGGGCCUCUCCUACAUCACCAGCAACGUUCACAUCACCACUACUGAGUGUUUCGACGGCACCAUCGUGCUGGUGUCGCUGCUGGUGGUGUUCCUUGUGUUGGCUCUGCUGCUGAUGUGGUGGUUCUGGCCUCUCUGCUGCACUUUGGUGAUCAAAGAACCUCCACCACCUCCUCCUCCAGAGCCAGACUCGGAUGAUGAGGAUGGGAUGCCCAAGAAGAGGUGGCCCACAGUGGAUGCAUCCUACUACGGAGGAAGAGGAGUGGGUGGCAUCAAACGCAUGGAGGUGCGAUGGGGAGAGAAGGGGUCCACUGAGGAAGGUGCGAAGCUGGACAAACCUAAAAAUGCAGUUGUGAAGAUGCCAGAGCAGGAAUUUGAACCGUACGAGCCCAAGCCUCGAAAACGACCACGCCGCCCCCCACAGCAGAGGAGGUGGUACACACCCAUUCAGGGCAAGCUGGACGCCCUGUGGGCUCUGUUCAGGAGAGGUUACGACCAGGUAUCUCUGAUGAGACCGCACCCUGGAGACGAGGGUCGCUGUAUUAGUUUCCAGCGGGUCAAAGAUGGGGAGUCCACCCCAAACAACCGGGCUCCUCCUCGCACACAUCACUCUCCCUCUCCCUCGCCUCCUUCUCCUCCUCCUCCUUCCCCUCCUCCUCCGCCCGUCGAACAGCAACCUCUGGUCUCCAACUCCGUCCCCCGUACCAAGCCUCCGUCGAGAGGACCCCGCACCACGCCGCCCUCCCGCGCACCCCCUUCCGCGGUCCAACCCCCUCCGGGUCCACCCCCAGCUCGUGCACCCCCAGGGCCACCGGGACCCCCGCCAUCUCGACCCCCACCCAGGCUCUGACGAUGAAGAGGGGGGGCCUCCGAUAAACAACACAAAUCAACUCAUUCAAUAAAACACCCAUGUCCUUCUUUCACCUCAACGACAAGAGAGGCAUCAAAUCUUUAGAAGCCAGGAGCUCCGACUUGAAGCUCCGUGCUUUGUUGCUGGACAGCAAAAAAUAUUUAUCUGAUAUCAAAAAUCAGCUACUGAGUUUCAUAAAAAACAACUUUUAUAACAAAAAAAACAUUAUAGAAACAACAAGCAUUUAGUUGAUUAAGCCUGUAUGUACAGUAUUAGAUGUGGAUUUAAGUGGUAAGAGGAAGUGCAAUCCCAAAAAAGGAUUUAUGUGUUGUUGAAAGUCAGAUUGUGGCAGUUUGUGUGUGAAUGACGAUGGUUAAUAGUUUACUGUGGGUUGGUAGAGAAUAAUAAUGUUGAGCCAGGAUGUGGUAAGAAAUACACCAAGUAGUGAAAGAUGAUGGCAGCAAUGUUGGUUAUGUUGGCUUUGGUUUUUUUAAUGUACAAAAAUCAGACCGAUUCAUCAUUUUACCUUUUCAAACCAAAGCAACUUUUUCUACAUUUUAGUUACAUUUUAGCGUAAAGGUUACGUGAUCUUAUUGCAACUGCGGGGCAGUUUCUCCAUAUUUUAUUUAUUUUAAUACAAGCCCUGUCUGCAUCUGUUUUCUAUUUAGUAUCAGGUGGGUUUCUGGGUUUUCACAUCUUUGAGAGGGAAUACUGAGAUGGAUAUAAAGCAGCAUUCUGGCAUCACAUAUGAUGUAUUUGUGGUCUUUUUAGCAUCAAGUGAAAGAUUGCAUUGAAAAUGUGUAUUGUACUGCAUUUUACUGACCGAAAAGAUAAUUUUCAUUAUUUCUUUAUUAACAACCUUUUGUGUCCGCCUUCAAUAAACAAUUUUUUUUUUA